AUGCUCGACACUGGAAAUGAGACGCUCAAGCGCCCUAGCUUUUUAUUUAUCCUUGCUGAUGACCUCGGCUUCUCUGACAUAGGCUGUUACGGCGCCGAAAUACAAACACCCAAUAUCGAUGCUUUAGCUGCAGAAGGUAUCCGCAUGCUCAAUCAUCACACCGCCGCAGCUUGCUCACCUACUCGUGCAAUGCUUUUGAGUGGAACUGACGCGCAUCUCGGUGGACUGGGAGUUCUGAUAGAAUACAAGCGUAGCGAACAAGGGGCCAAGCGCUGGUCAGGGAAAGCGGGAUAUGAGGGCUAUUUAAACAAUGACGUGGUUACGUUGCCUGAGGUACUUGAGGAUAAUGGAUAUUAUACCGUCAUGUCUGGAAAGUGGCAUUUAGGGUUGCGUACCAGUCAGGGACCAUGGAGACGAGGGUUCCAGGAUGCAUUUGCCAUGCUUCCUGGUUGCUGUAACCAUUAUGGUUGGGAACCUGUACAGGAACGAUUUCCAGUCGGUGGUCGACCGAUCCAUGCGGAGAUGGGAAAGAAAGUUGAAAUAAAGACGAAUAAAACAGAAGACCCAGACGGCUUCUACUCAACUAAGUAUUACACUGAUCGGUUGAUUCAAUACUUCGAAGAUCGAUCUGAGAGCGAUAAGUCGAAACCCUUUUUUGCAUUCUUACCGUAUACUGCUCCUCAUUGGCCAUUGCAAUGCUCCAAGGCUCAACGUGAUAAAUACAAGGGAACGUACGACGAUGGCCCAUACGCCUUGCGAGAACGCCGUCUAAAGAAUCUGGUCGAACUCGGUAUCAUUGACAAAUCUGUUGUCGCCCAUCAGGUCGAAACGACCACACAAGGUGUUGGGGAAUGGGACGAGCUGAAACCAGAAGAGAAAAAAUUGUCAAGCAGAGCGAUGGAGGUAUAUGCUGGCAUGGUGGACUCAAUCGAUGUUAACACCGGCAAAGUGAUAAAUUACCUGAAAACGACUGGAGAGUAUGACAACACCUUUAUCGUAUUCGUGAGUGAUAAUGGAGCAGAGGGGGCUGCAUCGAUCUCUCGAGUUGAUACUUCAGUAAAGCUUACUUUCGCCUUCAUAGCGGUAAUGGGUGAUAACAUCCAGCGUGCAAUUCAUCAAUACUAUGACAACUCGUACGACAAUAUUGGCUCCUGGAACUCGUUCACGUGGUUUGGCCCGCUUUGGGCUCAAGCAUCUACCGCUCCUUCGAGACUGUUCAAAUGUUUCCCUUCCCAAGGCGGCAUUCUUGUUCCAUGUGUAGUCAAACCUCCUGCACACUCAUUUCUCCCGUCUUUCCAACCGGGCUCGUUUAGCCGGUCUUUUACCACCGUGAUGGACUUUGUUCCCACUUUUCUUGACCUGGCAGGCGUGUCUCUUCCUCCUACCUUUAGAGGGAAAGAAGUGCACGCUAUCCGAGGCAAAUCUUGGGUCUCAUUUUUUGCCAAGGGACAGGCAGUAGAAAAAGAUGACGAGAUAUGGGCUAUCCACUCGUCUUCAGAACCUAUCGGCUGGGAGCUCUUUGCAAGGGGUGCACUGAGAAAAGGAAACUGGAAGAUUGUUCACAUCUCGAAGGCCCACGGGGGUGCAGGGGAAGGUGACGAAGGUUGGGAAUUAUUCAAUGUACUUAAUGACCCCGGCGAGACCAACGACCUUGCUCGGGCCGAACCAGAGAAGCUGAAAGAAUUGCUAGCAUGCUGGGAGGAGUACGUAAAAGAGUGUGGUAUUCUCCCAAUAUCGCCUCCGGGCAAUGUUGCACCUAGAUUGGUAGUUAACAGCACGUCUCGACCAAUGCCAUCGGAUAGUAUCCCAACCAAAACUCCAAAGAAAAAAGAGAGGAGAGGUUGGAACCUUGCGAAUGUGGAGAAGCUUCAAUAUGCGGGGAAUCUAGCAUCAUUUGUGAGGCAGGUCACUAAAAAGAAUCUGUCGCACCAGAACAGGGUGUCGGACGUGCAGACAGAGGCGGGUGAGUUGGUAAAAUGCGAUGAGAAGAAGCCCACAUGCACGCAAUGCCGAAAGGGCAACAGGAGCUGCGAUUGGCUGCAUUCUGAUGAUAGGAGGAUAACCUUCUCCAGAAGACCUAAUGCUACUGCUUGUGAUCUAUGUCGAGAGAAGAAGGGACAUGGGGGCGGAAUGUACGAGGUCUAUACGGCGUGCUCUGCCUGGAUCUCCAUCGAGUGCUCCAGCUGCUUGUUCUCCCGUGAUCAUGCUGCUUUCCAAUUCUUGCAAAUCGGCGAGCUGGGCAUGGUACAGGACAGCUCUCCGCCAUUAUCCAACUCGAGUAGUGAGACACUCCAUGAGACGCUACUCCUUGAGGAUGUAACACAGUUCGAACAGACACCAAAGGGACAGCUGCCGACAGGUCAAGAGCUGUCAGAUUUGAUUCGGCUUUAUUUUUCGUCGGUCCAUCAUUUCGGAUUCCUCGCAUUUGUGCAUGAACUUCAUUUCACUCGUCUCCUCGAACAGGGCAAGGCACCCCGUGAAUUAACUCUUAUGAUGAUUGCCAGUGCAGUGCGGUUCGCCGCCAGGCCAACUCCAGAGAAUCUGGCGAGAGCAGAUGCGUGGGCUGACGCGGCGAUCGAAUCCCUUCUUCCGCGGAUCUAUCGAGGGCUCGGGGCUAUUCAGCUCAUGGUAGGUAGGACCCUGCAUCUUAAGGGAGGUGCUCCCCUGCCGUAUUGA